ACGAACCCUGAUUUGACAUCAAUGGAGAUGAGACGGUGGUUGGUGGUAGGAAUAUUCCUUCAUAAUGUAUUGAUCCCACCAGUAAGAGAAAAAAUUAACAAAGUAAUGCCAGAGUACUAUAAGAGGAUGGCAAAGCGUCAUCAACUAGACAGGCAGACGUUUGGUCAGCACAAGGAAAGACUCGGAGGGGUGAAAGUAAACUAUGAGAGUAUUAAUAAUAACAAGGAUAUCGAAUGUCCAAACCCGAGCUCUCAGUAUGACUACAGGGUUAAAGAUCCAGUAUCUCUGGCUAAACUGUUCAUGGAGCCUCGUAUGGCGAAAUUUAGCGCCUUUGAUGAUGAAUUUGAGGCUUCGGCUACUCUGGCUGUUCUUGCGGGUGUCGAAGAAUUUGAAAGAAAUGUCCGUAGUGUGGCAAGAAGCUUGAACGCUGUGGUGCGGGUACCGUGGGCUCAUCCCAUCUUCCGCGUUUGGACGGAGAAGAAAUAUGAGGACUGCUUCCGGACCAUGAAAUUGCUGGUACAAAAGUUUUUUCAAAGUGAGGAUCAAAAGGGAAUACUGGUUAAACUAGAGUUUUGGAAAACUCAAGGCCUUAAAAUCUGUCUUGGUAACCCAUUGGACGAUGUCCUUUACAACAACCUACGAAAGGAAGUGGAAGCACUAAGGGACAUGUUAACAAAGUACCAAGAAACAACGGGUGUAGAGACUAAAAUAAUAUGCCAGACUCUUGAUUUGUUCAGACGUGAGGUUCAUGAAGCCUUUAUCAAACUCCGAGAUAAACAAUCAUGCCUUGAGCAAGGUUGCCUGGAAAUGGAAAGAGGACUGAAAGAGUACCUAAGGUCAGAAAUGCAAAAGUUUGAACAACGAUUCUCGCGUUUUGAAAAUAGUGUCCACGAGCGGAUCGAUGGAGUUGAUGGUAAAAUUGCAAAACUUUCUGAGAGGGUGGAAAGGGAAACUGCAGGAACCAUCAGUAAUGUACAAUUCGGAAAGGAAAGUAGUUCGGACUUAAGCUGCAUCAGACAAUUCACACAAGAAGAGAAACACCUCCAACCUAACAAGGAGCUGGCCUCUGCUACGCAAAGUCGUGAGCUUGAUCAACCACUAGCCCUAGACGAGCUGGAUACUGUAAAAAAGAACAAACCAAAAGGAAGAAAGAAAAGAAACCAAGCAAAAUCGUGAGCAACAGCACUUUAGGAGAAAGGAAACUGUUGCAAAAAUCCGCAUAGACGGAACUUCAAUUUUUCCUCACUUUAUUGCUGUCCGAUACAAAACAGCAACGCGAGAUGACCAUAUUUCGAAACCCCUCGCACAAAUUAUAGAGGUUUCUGCUUGGACCUCAACCACGCCUUAGUUGUAAUAUUUGUGAAGGAACGGAACACGAAUCUCACAAAUGAACCUUGCAAACCUUAAGAAUUGAACCUUGCUAACCUUAAGAAAUCAACACUGCGAACGUUCAUGUUAUUUUUUAAUUAGGCAUAGCAUGAAGCCGAAUACUGUUUCUCUUAUCAAAGGGCGUAUUUAUUGACACAUGCAUAGCUUUACUAUACCAGAACUGAGUUUAAGCCUUCGAGAUAAGUUGUUGUCCACGAGUACGGAUAGGUUUUUUCGACGAGCUAGAGCCUUGGAAUCUUGUAAAUCUAAUUCUAGGAGG